ACACAAAAAGAUAUUUGAUUAUUUCUCUCCUGGCUCUUCUUGUAUCAACUCCCUAUGUAGCUGCAAGCACUCUUUGCAUUAAGGAAGAGAGAGAAGCCCUCCUUAAAAUUAAAAAAGAUCUCAAGGAUCCCCACAAUUGCCUCUCUUCGUGGGUUGGGAAUGAUUGCUGUAAUUGGAAUGGUAUAGAAUGUCACAACCAAACUGGUUACAUUCUAAAGCUUGAUCUCGGACUAGACUUAUGUCCCUUCACCACAAAUAUAUUGCCACCAUCUUCCAUAGGUGGUGAGAUAAAUCCUUCAAUAACAGGCUUGAAACAUCUGAGAUACCUGGAUCUAAGUUUCAAUAACUUCGAAGGAAUCCCCAUUCCGAAAUUUAUUGGUUCUCUCAAUAAGCUGCGUUACCUUGACCUAUCCAAUGCAAAUUUUUCUGGAAUGGUCCCUACUCAUCUUGGCAAUUUGUCAAAAUUUGCAGUAUCUUGCUAUCUCUUCAUUUGAGUCACUUUGGGUCAGAGAUGUAAGUUGGCUCUCUGCUCUGUCUUCACUUCAGUAUCUAUACAUGCAGUCUGUUAACAUUACUAGCACAUCCCAUGAGUAGUUUCGAGCUGUGAAUAUGAUGUCAUCUUUGUUAGAGUUACGUCUAAUCUAUUGCAAUCUUCGUACUCUCCCGCCAUCUCUUCAAUUUGAAAAUAUUACAUCACUUUCACUGCUUGAUUUACAUGGUAAUCGUUUUAAUUUCUCGAUACCUUCAUGGUUGUUCAAUAUGAGUAAUCUCACAGAACUUUAUCUUUAUUCUUCAUCUCUAAGAGGUCCGCUUCCUGUGCUCCAGAGAGGGAAUCUCUGCAAGCCUGAGAUUGUGGACCUAUCCAAUAAUGAUCUCAGUGGUGAUAUAACUCAAAUGUUGGAUAUCUUGUCAUCCUGUUCAAAUCACCUAAUUGAGAAAUUGUCCCAUUCUGUAGGAAAAUUCAAACUUGAUCUGUCAUUCAACUCACUAUCAGGUCCAAUCCCAGCAUCAAUAGGAAACUUAUCAAAUCUAGCGCUUCUGGACUUGGAAGAAAACAUAAUGAAUGGGGAAAUUCCAGAAAGUAUUGGUCAACUAACCGAAUUGAGUUAUCUUAAUCUAUACCAGAACAACUGGGAAGGCACAAUGACAAAUACUCAUUUCCAUAAUCUCACAAACCUGGUUAGUUUCUCUGUCUCAUCCAAAGCAAACACAUUUGCCUUUAAAGUGACACGAGAAUGGAUUCCUCCUUUUAAGCUUUUGAAAAGAAUGGAAAUUUCUGAUUGUCAACUUGGCCCUACAUUUCCUAGCUGGCUUAGAAACCUGACGCUCUUGAAUUGGGUAUUCCUAAAAAAUGUUGGAAUUUCUGGAGAGAUACCCCAUUGGUUUUACAACAUGUUGUCCUCCCAAAGUUGGGUGCUAGAUCUUUCUCACAACAAAUUAAAUGGCUACCUUCCCAAAAUAUUUAACUUCUCGAAUUCAGCUAGUAUUAGCCUUGCUUUCAAUCAGUUGAAUGGCUCAAUCCCACUUUGGUGGUCGGGUGUCGAUGCUCUCGAUCUAAGCAACAACUUGUUUUUCGGAACAUUGCCAACCAAUAUAUAUAAGCGAAGAAAUGUCGCAUUUGACAUUCUUGGAUAUCUCAAAUAACCACAUUUAUGGGAGCAUUCCACUAUCAAUAAAUAGGAUUCAAAAUUUGUCAUAUCUUGCUUUAUCUAACAAUUAUUUGACAGGUACUAUCCCCAUGUUUUGGAUGGUUAUGGGAAGAUUACGCAGCAUUGAUCUAUCCAACAACAGUUUUUCAGGAAACAAUAGGUUGAUUGGAUAUAUGCCAAAAGAGAUCACCAAAAACCUUCCUUUGCUCGAAUAUUUACUGUUAAGAGGUAACACACUGGCAGGAAGCAUUCCAGAAGAGGUAUGUGGUCUUCAUUCUCUCAAUUUGUUGGAUUUAGCAGAAAACAACCUAUCAGGAUCUAUACCAACAUGUUUGGGUGAUGUCCACGGUUUCAAAUUGCCACAAACUUAUUUCAUUUAUGAAACGGAGUCUCGCUUGUCAUCGUACACGACACAUGUAGAGUUGAUGGUUAAAGGAAAAAUAACUGAAUACGAGAAUGGAAUGUUUGUGCAUUCCACCAUUGAUCUUUCUAAUAAUGAUCCUUGUGGCAGGAUACCAGAGAAGUUAACAGAGCUAAUUCACUUGGGUAUCCUGAAUUUGUCUUGGAACAGGCUAACGGGAAACAUACCGAGCACCAUUGGAUCGCUUAAAGAUUUAGAAAGUCUAGAUCUUUCACACAACCAUCUUUCGGGUCCAAUCCCUGCAAGCAUGGCUUCCAUGACAUUCUUGAGCAAUUUGAACUUGUCAUACAACAACCUGUCUGGACAAAUUCCAUUUGGCAACCAGUUCGACACAUUUAAUGAUCCAUCAAUUUAUGAAGGAAAUCCUAAACUUUGUGGGAAACCGUUGCCAACUAAUUGUUCAUCAGCGUUGCCUGGAAAUGAAGAGAAAGGAGGAAAACAUGAAGAUGGAGCUGAUGAGAAAAUUGAACGAUUGUGGUUAUAUGGAAGCAUAGCCUUUGGGUACAUCACAGGCUUCUGGUUGGUCUGUGGCAGCUUGAUGUUGAAGAGGUCGUGGAGACAUGCAUAUUUCAACUUUGCGUUUGACAUGAGAGAUAAGCUUCUGGUUCUGAUUGCUGUUAAUUUGGCACGUGUGAAACGCAAGUUCGGACUUGAAAGAAACUAAGAGCAGCAGAGAAGACGAAGGCAACAACAAUAGCCUUGUUAUCCUUAUCUUGUUCAGUUCAAUAAGGUAUACCACUCAUGCAGUUAUCAUAUUUGUUUCUAGUGCAUGUUGUUCUGAUUUGUCAAUGGUAUGUAAACAAGUUGAUGAAAAUGAAAUAAUGUUGCUUUUUUUAUUUUAAA